CUGACCGUCCUCCCUUCAGACGAGACAGGAGCUGCAACGUCCGCCCGGCAACAUGUAUAACGUAAGCCCCGGAGCCAACGCCGACCCGGGCUGUAACCCUAAACGGACGAGUUCACUAUUUACGUUGGGUUAUCUUCGUUUUCGGUGAAGGCUGCUUCUCGGCUGCGGUCUUGGCACCUCCUCCCAUCAUCCAGCUAUAAGACGAGGCCGGCGGAGCAGCAGGUAGACUGAAGGGGGCAUUCGAUCAGAAAACAGACGCGGUGGACUGACGCACACAUGGCUUACUUAGGACGAGCGUGAGCUGCGUCCACAUCGUCUCGGACCCGUACGCGUCCCCCGCGCGCUCUUGAGGCGACCCCAUGCCGCCUUAACAACUUGAGGAUUGGCUUUGUUGUUGUUGUUGUUGAGGAGUUUUGCAUCUGUUUCGGACCACGCACGCACCACCUCCGGAUAAUGACUUUCGCCAUGCUGCGGCCGAUGGCGACCCACUUGCUCCGUCCAGACAUCAGCCUGAUGUCCGAGGACGACGACAACCGCAGCGAGAGCGACGGCGGCUCGGACCAGAGCUACGGGAUCUGCGCCGGCGCCGAGAAGCGCCGCAGGAUUCCCCGCAAGUCGGAAGGAAACGGCCCGGUGGUGAUGAAACAGCGGAACGCGGCCAACGCCAGAGAGCGGGACCGGACCCAAAGCGUCAACACCGCCUUCACGGCGCUGCGGACUCUCAUCCCCACCGAGCCCGUGGACCGGAAGCUGUCCAAGAUCGAGACGCUUCGCCUGGCCUCCAGUUAUAUCUCCCACUUGGCCAACGUGCUCCUUCUGGAGGACAGCGACGCCGACGGACAGCCGUGCCUCGGCGCUGUUUACGCGCAAGGGGAGGGCGGCGGCGGCGGCGGGAAGCAGCCGCGCACCAUCUGCACCUUCUGCCUGAGCAACCAGAGGAAAGGGAUCAAGGACGGCAAAGACUGUUUAAAGCUACGCGGGCCGGGUUCCCUGCGGAUGAGGCGCUGACCCGAGGACGCCCCCCCCCCGGCCAACCCCGAAAGCUGAGGACUCGGAGCCGGUCGAGGGGAGCGCGCACGUGCGGAAGGAGCCUCCAUGCUGGAUAAGGAUAACGGAGCCCCUACGGGACUAUUUAUACUUGAGCCGGGCAUACGCCUUUCACAAAUGCAGUGCAUUUAUGACGUUUUAUGAGGUUGUCUUGUUUUUGUUGUGUUUUUUUUGGGGAGGGGGGGGUUUGC